AUGUUGUGUCUAGUAAAUAGAGAGCGAGCGAUAGUAUCUGCAAAACCGCUUAUACUUGACGACCGCCUAGCAAAGGCAGCCCAAUUACACUCAGAAUACAUGGCCUUAACAAAUAAUUUCACACACGAAGAUGAAAUAGGCGAUCUCAGGCAACGUAUAACGGAACAAUUGUUCCCUUGGUGGGUUGUCGGAGAGAUUAUUGCACGAGAAUUUGAAGAAGACGAAGUGAUUAAUGUUAUUGAUGCUUGGAUGAAGUCGGCAAAUCAUCGUGCCAAUAUCCUAAACGAUCAAUACACACAUUUUGGUCUUGGAUACAAGGAUGGUUUCUGGACAGUAAACUUUGCUCAGUCAACGGACCCUGUUCAAACACAUGUCCCUAUUUGUCCUGGAAAUAAUGUGAAGAUUGGUAUUCAGCUCUGA